GUUAUUUUUUAUGCACCGCGUCCUGUACUAUCAGAGGGUUACAAAAAAGGGGGGAAAAGGUUCUUAUCUUUGGGCAAUGGGAAAAAACCAUUAUGCAAAUGAAUCCAGUUGGGAUAGGCCCGAUGGCCUGAGAACAUAAGGAGAGAGUCUAAAAACGGAGAGUAAGGAGGAAGGCGAUGAACAGGCGUAAAAGGGGCGGAGCUUAGGGGAAGGAUAGGGGACUGGUCAGACGGGGAAAGGCAGAGUGGGAUCAGAAAGUGAAGUCUCCGCGGGGCCCUGUAGGUGGCUGAGGAGGAGGGAAGGUCACGGCAUUGGAGGCGGUCAGGCAGGAGCUGAAGGGCGCAGCCAGGGCCGGGAAGGGUGAGGGCUAAGAGAAGAUGGUGAGCCAGGUGUGAGCCGCAGAAAGGAGGAACGGCGCGGGCCGGCACUGGCCCAUACACACCUCGUUGUGCCGCAGUUCCCGUUAGUGUCCUGACCCAGUUUCCCAUUGUCCUGUUUAGUCACUCUGCCCUUAACGUUGGAUGAGACGAAGGGUUUAUAUCUUUAGGCUACAAUCGCUCCUUCUCAGCGUUGGACAGGAUGGAGGUCUGUGCAUCGUAGACAUCACUAGAACAUCAGGAGCCUCUCCAGGCCUCCCCCGUUAGGCUGCCCCCAUGCAGGUACCGCCCCCAGGAUUGUUCUUGUUCCCCUACAAAAAACCUUGCCGUCUGGUCCGCAGGGCCCGAUGCUUUGGGACCAUAGUCUCGUCCAGCCCGGGACCAAACAGGGGUGUUUGUAAAUGUCUCCGUUUAAUAACCCUAAAUUGUCUCCGAUCUCUGUCUCGCUCCGUUUCUCCGGCCUUGCAACAUGAGGCGAGCGGCCCGGGAGAAGAAAAGACCGGACAAAACUCCCGCAAAGGGGCCAGGGCGUCCCGGAGGCGGCAGCGGGCCCUGGAGGAGGGUGACCUCCGAUACCUGGGGUCCCGGACCCGGGCUCUCCCUACAACGGUCAUCCUCCCCUAGGGAAGAACUCAGGCCCUGAUCGGGCUCCUGGGGGUCAGGGUCACAUCUUAAUGACCACUUUGGGUUUGGUAUAAAUCGUGAGAUUUGUAGUUAGGGUUUGUUUUGUUUUUCUAACAACAGAAAGAAAAAAAGAAAUCGAUUCCAUGAGGGGCGGGGCCCGAACCCCGAGCUUUUCUGGUCACCCGCCAUUGUCCCGGGGCUCGCCCUCCGCUCAGUUACGGUCCUGAAAGGGGCGGGGCGGUGAUUGGGAGCAUAGAUAAAGGCCUCCGGCUGCCUAGAAGAAACUUCCGGGGAAGGUGGGGGUGAUUCUGUCGUACAACUCCUCCCUCCGCCGCCUCUAUGGUUCCGGAAAGGGCCGCCUUCGCUCCUUUUCCCCCGGGCUUUUCCUCUGAGAGCUAAGGGGCGGGGCAUCUCUCAGGAUCUGUCUUAUGAUUGGUUGACCCUGCGUGAAAGGAGGAAAGUUUUCCUGCUUCGACGGCCCCGCCUUCCACGUCCCGCGCAAGCGUCCUCCGGCUGGGACAGCGGUCUGCGGCGUUCGGUCUGAGUGGUUCCUUCCUGGGCUGGCAUGGAAAGGCUUCUGAGAAGAUGGAGAAGCUUUUCUGGCCCUCUGUUGGCCCGCUGCCCACCGUCACAGCCCCCCCUUUGCAAGGCUUACCAUCACCCCCCAGGCCGAGUGAAACGCCUGGCCCUCUCCCGGUUUUUCCAGCCUCAGAACCUCAGGGAAGAUCAGGUGGUGGGACUGGAGAGCAGGGCUGCCGAGCUGACCUGUAAGAGCCACCGGCUGAUGCUGCAGACUGGGCUGAUUCACCCCGCUGGCUCUGGCUGUUACCACUACCUGCCCUUCACCGUGCGAGCCAUGGAGAAGCUGAUCCGGAUGAUAGACCAGGAGAUGCAGGCCAUCGGCGGGCAGAAGCUCGACAUGCCCAGCCUGUGCUCAGCCGAGCUCUGGAGGGCCACUGGCCGGUGGCAGCUCAUGGGCAAGGAGCUCUUUCAGCUGCAGGAUCGACACAACAAGGAAUACUGCUUGGGCCCAACGCACGAGGAAGCCAUCACCAGCCUGAUCGCCUCUCAGAAGACCCUGUCCUACCGGCAGCUCCCCCACCUCCUCUAUCAGGUCACACGCAAGUUCCGAGACGAGCCCCGGCCCCGCUUCGGCCUCCUGCGGGGCCGGGAGUUUUACAUGAAGGACAUGUACACCUUCGACUGCUCCGCCGAAGCCGCCCACCAGACCUACGACCUGGUGUGCGACGCUUACGGCCGGCUCUUUGACCGGCUCGGGCUUCACUUUGUCCGGGUGCAGGCAGCCGUGGGGAGCAUCGGGGGGACGAUGUCUCACGAGUUUCACCUCCCCUUGAACGUUGGGGAAGAUACGCUUGCAGCCUGCUCCAAUUGCGGUUUCACAGCCAACGUGGAGACGCUGGGCCCCAAGCAGCCAAAUUGCCCGGUGUGCCAGGGGAAGUUGGCAGAGACCCAAGGUGUUGAAGUGGGGCACACCUUUUACCUGGGCACUAAAUACUCCUCUGUAUUCAACACCGAGUUUAUUAAUGCUCAAGGAAAGCCCUCGCUGGUGGAAAUGGGGUGCUAUGGGUUAGGCGUGACACGGAUCCUGGCCGCGGCCAUCGAAGUCCUUUCCACCGAAGAGUGCGUGCGCUGGCCCGGGCUGCUCGCGCCUUACCAGGUGUGCCUCAUUCCACCAAAAAAGGGCAGCAAGGAAGAGAAGGCGAUAGAGCCGAUGGAAACGCUCUAUGACGACAUUGCCGACGCCUUGCCCCAGCUGCAGGGGGAGGUCUUGCUCGAUGACAGGACACAUUUAACCAUUGGGAACAGAUUGAAAGAUGCCAAGAAACUCGGCUACCCGUUUGUGGUGAUAGCGGGCAAGAGAGCCUUGGAGCAGCCCUGCCAGUUUGAGGUCUGGUGUCAGAACACUGAGGAGGUGGUGUUCCUCCCUAAACAGGGGCUGCUGGAUUUGCUGCGCAAAGUACAGGUGGUCUAAAUAUCCGGUCUCUGAUCCUUGUAGGUCCCACGUUCUGUCCGUUCACAGUGAUCUUAAGUGCUAGAAGCAGUGCAACUGGUAGAAGAUGGAUGUUAGUUAAAAGAGCAAGAUUUCUCUGUGACCCUGGGCGAGUCACUUAACCCCAAUUGCCUCAGCCAAAAACCCACAAGAUUUCAUCAUUCAUUUAGUCAACAUCACUCAGUCACAUAAAAAGAAAGAAAUUUAAUUUCUUUUUCCACUGACAGUCUACUGGCCUGCUCUACUUGAAAUCAACAGAAACUUAUGGAUUGUGAGGAGGAUGCUCAUGGCAGGCAAUUCGUAGUCUUAAAGGCCUGGUCUUCUUACUCAAAACCAACUGGAAGAUUGAGACGAUUAGAUGGGAGCCCAAAUGAGAAAAUUCCCCCAGAAACUUUAGCCCUAAUUAGGCUAAACUAAAAGUCUGAGCUCAUUUUCUCUUGAUUCGUGAGGCCAAAUUUAUGGGAUAUGAGAAUGUUCACUUUUAGUCUACAUAAUGUUUAGCCAUGUUAAUAGGCCAGGCUGAAUAAUAGCUCGGGAAGAUCUGGAGCCAGGAUCAGAGAGCCAAAGUCUUCUGACUCCGUACCCAGUUCUGCCAUCGGCUCUUAUUACUACUGUGAAACCUCAAAUCUCAUUCUCUUGGUAAUGGCGACUCGCUGCCCACCUCAGGGGAGUGCAGUGACCACAAAUGAGAUGCUUUCUGCAAAAUGAUUCCAUUCCCCUGGAGGAGUCAGAGGAACACAUACACCGUGUUCCCAAACUAUCAUUGUCCUGGACUUGCCGACUCUGUUUCUUGCCAUCAGUGGAUGGCAUGGGGAUGUUGGCAAAACACCAGGUACAGGCUGUUAUUCCUUCCUUGUUCCUGAGGGACCUCUGAAAGGAGAGGCAGAGUGAAUAUUUAACAGAAUUAACAAAGGGACAGAAAUUGGCUAGCAUUAUCACAUAUUAUGAUGGACUCAUUCUGCGUUUUAGUGGGAAUGAAACUUGUGUUGCUGUGAUGCUUUCAGGUUUACAAAGCACUGAACUCACAACAACCCUGGGAAAUGUGGGUUGUGUAAGGAUUUAUAUUCUUAUGUAGAGAUGAAGAAACUGAGGUCCAGAGAGGACAGUCUCCUAAUGAAUUAUGUCAGAGUUGGGACUGGAAUCCAAAUCUCCUGACCCUGACCAGAACUACUUUAAAUUCUGUGUGUUUUUGACCAUUUAAGGGCUGACCCUUUUCCUCCCCUCCUUGGAGUCCCUUCUCCUGUCCUUCGUUUGCAUCGUGGGUAGUUGAAAUGAUCAGUGAAGGACACCUGAAGGUUUAUUAUCUCUGAGGCAGGUAGAGGGUUUUGGAAAGAAAAUGAGGUAAUUUCCUGUUCUCUUAUAAAGGGCCAUUGACCUUUAUGGUUUACAGCACAAACUGAUGACUACGAGAAGCUCGAAGGUGCGUGCUACAAAUGAGGAGGUCCUUCAAACACCAUUAUAGGACACCUGGAUGAAGGGCACCAUUUUUAAGGUUUAACCACUGAGCAACCAGAGCUUCAUGCAAUCCCAUAUGGCAGACUAAGUUCAGCCUUGAGGCAGCUUAACUGAGAGGAAAAAGGCAACAAAAAAGAAUCCUGUUUCCUCUCUCCUGCUUCUUUUUAUAUUUCUACAAAUAUGUAUAAGAUAUGUGUGGAAGUCAGCCUCAUGGUUGAGGAAAAAUAUCAUGGAAAAGUGAAUGGUGCUGGUAACUAAAAUGUGCUCUUAAUAGUUUUAUUAAUAUGUGUGGGAAUAUAGGAUUAUUUUUCCUAAUUGAUUUUGUUUGGUUAAGUUUUUUGAUAAAAAUAGUCCAAGAUACCAUCGUUGAAUAGGAAAUUGUGAAGUAUAAUUGUUAGAGAGAUCUUCCUUGUGUGGAGCCAACUGGUAUUAGAGGUUUUAGACUUUAGAAAUUAUUUAUAGGGGCAGCUAGGUGGCGCAGUGGAUAGAGCACCAUAUGUCAGGAGAACCUGACUUCAAAUCUGGUCUCAGACACAUAACCUUUCCUAGCUGUGUGACCCUGGGCAAGUCACUUAACCUCAAUUGCCUCAGGCAAAAAAAAAAAAAGGAAUUGUGAUCACAGCACUAGGAAGGACCAAUUCAAUUCCAUAAACCUGAGGCACCUCUCUGUGCCUGGCACUGUGCUAAGCAAUGGGGCUACAAGAAGAAGAAAAGAUAAUCCCUGCUCUCAAGAAAUUUGCAAAGGAAACUGGAAAGGGGGGCAUCUUCCAUGGAGUUCAAACCAAGCUUUGCUAGUGGAAAGAGGCUGAGAAUGGGGGAAAGGUGUUGGCUGUCCGUAGUUGAGUUAUAUAGUUUAGUAUUGAGGUUUAAGGUGAUGGACGUAUCCUAGAAGGGCAGAACCUAUCUGGUCCAACCCCCUCAUUUUAUGGUGGAGGGAACAGAAGCCCACAUUUUUGAGUAAUUUACUCGAGGUCACACAGGUAGUAAAUUUCCAAGGUAAGAUUCCAGCUUGGGUUGAUUGACUCCAAACCCAAAUACAGUUCUUUUGACUUCAUCUUGUUGUCAUUAUCACCUUUCAACUCUAACUUUCCCUUUUUAGAUCAUGCAGAAUGAGUACCUACUUUAAGACCACUAUCUUGUCCCCCUCAUUUCUUCUUUUCAGGUAAAUAUUCCCAGUCUCAGGGAAUGUAGUUUUGAAUCCCAGCCUCUUCCUGGUCACUCUCUUGAUCUUGGUGCAGUUUAUCAUGUCCUUGACCAUAUUGCCCAAGAGUGCAUGCUGGACUCUACAUGUGGGCUGGCCUGGGUACAGAAUAAGGGAGUAGCACCCUCUCAGCACAGACUCCAGCGUCCUCUUUCUAGAGCUAGAAUAGCCUUUUAGAAGCCAUUGAUAGAGGAAGAAACCAGGAACCAGAGUGUUCAAUACCUUCCCCAGUAUCACAAAGUUAAUAAAUGUUAUAGGUGAGAUUUGAACCCGGGUCUUCCUGAUUUCUUCGUAUAUCUAGCAUAUGUUAAGUGCCUUCUGUGUGUUUUAAACUCCUUGCUCUUGAGAGAUUUGCAUUCUAUUGCUAGGGUCCACAUGUUCAUAAAUAAGUAAAUAUACCAAAUAUACAAAGUAAUGGGGCAGGGAAUGGGAGAUGGGGAGGCCAUGAAGCACAAACUGGGAGAAUUAGGAAGGGCUGCUGUGGUCCCUUCCAGUGCUCCUACUCUAUGCUUGUCCAAAGGCCAAAAGGCCUGUGAGUGAGGUGAAGAAUGGUUGGGAUCCCUCACAAAACAAUGGUCCAGGCAACCUGAAGGAUACGGACCUCUAUGAACUGAUGCCGAGCAACAAGGGCAGAACUGGGAGAGCAGUUUGUCAGUGAUAACACAGAGAAACCAGCGUUGAGGACUAAAUCUCUGAUUGCUCCCAUGAUGAACUGGGAAUCAAAAAGAAUGAAGAUGAAGCACGCCAUCCUCCUCCUGACAGAGAAGUGUUAAAUUGGAAUUGCAGAAAGGAAUGCAGAUUUCUCACACGGUACAUAUGGGACUGUCAUGCCUGUGAUGCAAGGAUGUAUUUUUUUUUUCCACUUUAAUAGUUUUUUAUUUUGCUUUUUUUUAUUAAUUUUUUUUUUAUUUUCAAAACAUUUGCAUGGAUAAUUUUCAAUAUUCACGCUUGCAAAACCUUUUGU